AACAAUGUGCGGUUUUAAACUAAGCAGCAGUUUACAAUAAAUAAAAUAAAUGCCGGCAUGUAAAAUACUUAAAAACAAAAUUAUUACAGAAUUAAUUAAAUGUUUCCAUACAAGUAAAAUGGCUUGCAGUCGUUAUGAAUAUGUAAAAACCUAUGAACGGGAGGACAACAUUCUACCAAAUGUAUGGAUCGUUGUACGCGUUGAUGGCAAAGGAUUUCAUAAAUUUUCCAAAAUACACAACUUCGAAAAGCCUAAUGACGAAAAUGCACUGAAUUUAAUGAACUACGCUGCCAUGACUGUUAUGACCGAAUUCCGCGACAUAGUGCUCUCUUUUGGACAAAGCGAUGAGUAUUCUUUUGUUUUCCGAAAAGAAUCGAACAUUUAUAAUCGACGUGCUUCUAAAUUGCUUUCAUAUGUAACAAGUCUGUUUACAUCUGCUUACGUCAUGAACUGGAUGAUGUUUUUACCAAAAACGAAAUUACAGUACCCUCCUUGUUUUGAUGGUCGUGUUGUGCUCUAUCCCUCAGAUCAAAAUUUACGAGACUAUUUGAGUUGGCGACAGGCUGAUGUUCAUAUCAAUAAUUUAUACAAUACAGCUUUUUGGAAUCUUGUGCAGCAAGCUGGUCUUACUGCCAGGGAAGCAGAAGCCGAAUUGCGUGGUACAAUUUCGUCAGAUAAAAAUGAAUUAUUGUUUUCUAAAUUUGGCAUUAACUAUAAUAAUUUGCCAACCAUGUUUCGCAAAGGCACAAUAUUACUAAGAAAACGUGUACGUACAAGUCCCGAUGAUUGUAUUGGUCAACUUAUUGUGCCAAUGCAUGAGGAUAUGAUACGAAACCAAUUUUGGAAUACGCAUACUGAAUUAUUAGGAAAAUACUUACCAGGUGAAUAUUUAUACAAUUGCAAUAGUACAGAAGAUUUGUCUAAUAUACUACUGGAAAAACAAAUGGAGACACUUAAACUUAAUAAUAUAAAGAAAGAAGAACUAUAGUACAAAUUA